GUUUACCAAAACUUUUGAGGCCACAUGACGGCGUAACGGCCGUCUACACAGUCAGAAGGCAGUAGAACGAAGUAGAUAACCGUAAAGAAGGCUUUCAUAAUUGUUCCGCAAGAAGUUAUCGCACGCAGUUCUACAACCGUUAUCAGUAAUAAAAAAAAAAUUGGUUUUAGUGUUGGCUAUAAAAGUGAAAGUAUCCCACUGUUUCACAACAAUUUAGUUUGAGCUUCAAGACGGAAAUGAACACAACGGUUAAGUGGAACAGAAUGUAUAAACUUGUAACGGUAUUUUUGAGCGUGAUAACGCUCUUGUCGACUUGUGAAGCGCGUGGCAUUGACUUAACACCCAAGAACAGCAACGAAAUCAAAAUUGUAGGUCGUGUUGUUGGCGGCGAUGAGGUGACGAAGGGCGCCCUACCCCACCAGGUGGCCAUAUAUAACACUUUCGGUGAAUUUGUAUGUGGCGGUGCCAUUGUAGCGCCCGAAUGGAUCCUAACAGCUGGACAUUGCAUGGAUUGGCCUAAGAAAUAUUUGAAGAUCGCUACUGGCACCGCACAAUGGGAACAUCCCGGCGCCGAGUACACCGCUGAAGAUGUCAAAAUACACUGCCUCUACAACACACCGAUGUAUCACAAUGACAUUGCGCUCAUUCGACUCAACAAAGCGAUUGUCUAUGACAGCUACACGGCGCCCAUUGAAUUGGCGACCAGCAACACAUUGCAGACCGGUGACGAUUUGGUGCUUAGCGGCUGGGGCGCCAUACGUUCCUGGGGUAAUGCGGUUAGCACGCUGAAGAAAGUCGAUUUGAAAUAUCUCGAUCAUGCUACUUGUGAGAGUUCGGUGCGUAAUGCAAAAUUCCUUGGCGAUGGCCACAUUUGCACAUCCACGAAGGAUGGCAAAGGCGCUUGCAGCUACGACUCUGGCGGUCCGUUGGUCGAUUCCAAUGAACUGUUAGUUGGUGUUGUAAAUGGUGGCGAGCCAUGUGCUUUGGGUUUUCCGGAUACAUUUGCCAGUGUUGCCUACUACCAUGAUUGGAUCACCAAUACCAUGGCGGGCAGUGAUGAUUGCUGAGUGUGUUGGCAGGUGUGAGCUGUGAUUACUGACUGCAGCAGGGAGGUUUAGUAACAGGAGCGACAGUGCCAUUCGCGAACAAAUAAAUUUUAAGUUAUAAUAGUUACAUUUUUACAUUUUCAUUUACAUAACUUUUCUUACAAAUCCUCAGUGGGGCGCUCAAAAUAACGAACACAAGUAAUUUAAUUUUUUUCAAAGACACAAUUUGUUAUUAUAUUUUUUAUAUGUAUCAGAUAAAUGAAGAAAAAUUUUACAAAUUUCAAGAAAAAAAGUUAUUAUUUUUGUGUAAUCAAGUGUUCAUUUUCCAAAGUACAAAAUACAAUACAAAGUAUCUAUUGUACAAAGUAAAUGUCCGCGGUCAUGGCACAGUCACUGGAUUAACGAUUACGAAUGUUUUUAAAUAUCACAUUCCGACUAGAAACUAUACCCCGCUUAACCGCUUUGGUAAAUUUUUAAUUUGCAUACCUACAAUGGAUGGCCGUAUUUGAGAUCGUGGGCUCGAAACU